CUGUAAUAGACUAAGUUUUAUUUUUUUGUUUUGUUUUUAUUUUUUAUCGUCUUUUAUGCUGAUUGUGGAGUAAAAAUUAACUUAUACCAUUAUACUCCACUUCUUUACUGGGUAUGUUUAGAUGGUAGGAUAUGGUAUGAACCACAAUUUUUUUCCUAAUUUCGAUAGAUGAUAUUUUCGAUUUCGUGGAAUCACUACGGUUUUAUAUUUCAGGUAUUCGUGUGUGCUGUGUAUGCAACAUUUGUCAAGGUGCCUUGAACCUAUAAUACUGUGAUUCAUUGAUGCUUUGUGUAUGAUUGCUGCUUAAAAUUUUAGAUUUGAGAUGGAUAUGUAAAUGACUGCAAUGGAUUACAAGUCUCUUCAAUAUGUUUCUUUUCUUCGAGAGAAGAUUGAAGAUUAUAUCAUGGCAGCUGAGCUUAACAAUAUGAGCCUCUGGGUGAUGGUUACCGCGACGAUCGCUGUCAUAGCGAUAACAAUACUACACUUUUUAUAUAGAAGAAUAAAAAUUCCAGAUAUUCGUAUUCCAGAAUUGGAAGAAAAUCGUCAGUUACGGUUUCGCAAAAGAGAUAAAGUUCGUUUUUUUGCCACGAAAGUUUUAAGAAAGGGUAAAGAUGCAGCAAGUCGAUUGCAACGACAAGCAUCCGCAAUUAAGGAAGGUGUAUCAAUACCUGAAUACAGCAGGUCUGGCAGAAGACUGAGAAAAAGGGAAAGGAUGCUUAUUCUUGCUAAAAAACAAUCUCAUAUUCGGAAUUCUUUGCCUACCUGUGAUCAAAUGAAAGAGGGGAGAUUCCACCCCCUAAUAUUUUCAUCUUUAAUGUUCCAUGUGAAGCAAGAUCCUCCAAAAUUAUUAAAGAAAGAACUCCCAACCUCCAUGUUAGAACCUGAUAUAUUGAAUGAAGAACAAAAACCGGAUUUACCAGAAGAAGUUAUGUAUCUGCUACAAAGUGUUAAAGUUUUCGGACAUUUUGAAAAAGGAAUAUUUCUUCAACUAUGUCGUCACAUGGAGAUUUUAAAAGUAGAAAAAGAUAAAUAUUUAUUUCGGAUUGGCGAUCCUGAUGAAUAUAUGUACGUGAUACAAGAUGGACAAAUUAACUUGUAUAUAUCGGAUGAUGGACUUGAGGUGAAACUCAGUGAAUCUACAGCAGGAGAAAGCAUUCACAGUCUGUUGAGUAUCCUUGAUGUUUUAACUGGCCAUUCUGCUCCUUAUAAAACUGUAUUUGCAAGAGCUGUAGAAGAUUCCACUGUAAUUAGGUUACCUGUCAAAGCUUUUAAUGUUGCAUUUGAAAACAGGAAAGAUGCUUUGGUUCAGAUGGUGCAGGUCAUCAUGACAAGAAUGCAGAGAGUCACAUUCCUUGCUCUUCAUAACUGCCUCGGACUUUCUCAAGAAUUACUCAAUCCUGUAAAAAAUGGGAAUGGAGGCCGACUAUCCAUACAUAAGUUAUGUCAAUCACAAGAUUCUUUGGGUUCUCUGCUUAGUCAGCAUUCACAGGAAAGUGAUGAGUCAGCAACAGAUAUUUUGAAAACUGAUACAGAUCAAACAGAUGCAGCCGUAUUACAAAAUGAAAGACCAAUUGUUAAAGAAUCUCUACCAAAAGUUAAAUCAGACCCAGUACUCCAGGAAUCAAAAGCUAAGCAAUUAAGAUUUGGAGAAAUUGUGACCGUAUUCGAUGACAACGAUAAUAUUUUCCAGAGACAAGCAAGUCUCCCAAACACAGGAUCAAAGAAGCAUAUCUUAGAUGAAAAAGCGAGUUUAGAAGAGUUUGAAGAUCAAUUAUCGUAUCAAUAUAUUCACCGGGACAGUACAACAUCAAUAUCAAGUGGGGAAACACCUGGACGUUGGUCGAGUAACCGACCACAAGAAAGUUGGGAAGAAAGAAAAUCGGUAACUGAGUUGAAUGAACCAGAGAUUCUGGAUCUUGUUGUCCAAGAUUUGAUGAUUGUGUUUGGAAUUGAAGACGAAGAAAUAUUGAAAGAAAAAGUUGUUUUACUUCAGGUACCAGAAGGUUAUGAACUCAUCCAGGAAGGAGAACAGGAUGUUUCCUUGUAUUUUGUUGUCACUGGAUCAUUGUGUAUUUAUCAAGCAAUACUGCAACAUGACCCUUGUGCAGAUCAUAAUGUUACACUUUUCCAUGCAUUCCCUGGUAUGUUGACGGGACAACUUGCUGUACUAACUGGCGAACCGUCAUUUUUUUCUGUACGAGCUGAUAAUAAUUCUGUUAUUGCUUUGCUGAAAAGAAAAGACUUUUAUAGUAUAAUGCGAAAAUAUCCUCGUAUGGUGCUCAAUACUGCCCACACGGUGGUGCAAAGAGUCAGUCGCUUUACUCGACAAAUAGAUUUUGCUCUUGAUUGGUUAAUGGUGGAAGCCGGAAAAGCUGUUUAUAAGCAAGGUACUACAAGUGAUUGCAUGUACAUCAUACUACACGGAAGGUUAAGAUCAGUUCAUGAAAUUCAUUCAACUGGAAAGAAGGAAUUGGUUUCUGAGUUUGGAAGAGGAGAAAUGGUUGGAAUGAUGGAAGCUCUGCGAGGCACAAGUCGAGCUGUAUCUAUGCAUGCUGUGAGAGAUACUGAGCUGGCAAAGAUACCAGAAGGAUUGCUGAAACAUAUCAGACGUCACCAUCCAGGGGUUGUUUCACACCUUGUAUCGCUUGUGUCAGAAAAACUUCUUGGUUCAAUGAUGACAACCAGACCAACGUAUAGAAAUCAUCCCGGUGAAUUGUUAUCUCAUAAACAACAAAUGGCUGAAGAGACAAAAUUUGCAUAUGGAGAUGUCUCCAACCAUCUGGCCAACUUAUCAACUGUGGCAGUAUUGCCAGUGAAUCGUGGUGUUCCUGUAGAAAAAUUCACAAUGGAAUUGGAACAUGCAUUAUCUGCAAUAUGUGACCAGGUUUUGCAUCUAACAAGUGACAACAUCAAGAACAGAUUGGGACAGAGUGCUUUAGACAGUGCACACGAAUACAGAUUAUCGGGAUGGCUGGCUCAACAGGAAGAUUUGCAUCGGAUUGUUCUAUACCAAGCAGAUGAUCACAUGUCAUUAUGGACACAACGAUGCAUAAGACAGUCUGAUGCAAUAUUGAUUGUAGCGAAUGGGGAUGGAGAACCAAAUGUUGGAGAGCUUGAACAAGAACUUGAAAAUUACUCAAUUCGAGCCUUGAAGGUUUUGGUCCUGCUUCAUCGACCAGAGGUUUCUCAACCAACUAGAACUGUGGAAUGGUUGAACAUGAGGGGAUGGUUGACUGAACAUCUACACAUCAAGGGCUCAAAACGUUUGUUUGCGAGAACAACGAAAUCAAAAUUGCCUCAAUACAGAGAAAGGUUACGACAACGAGAAGUCGACAGGUUCAGUGACUUUUCAAGGCUUGCCAGGUUUUUGACUGGCACUUCUGUAGCCCUUGUGCUAGGUGGUGGAGGAGCUCGAGGAAUCUCUCAACUUGGAAUUAUUAAAGCUUUACUAGAAUCUGGUGUUCCCAUAGACAUGGUAGGAGGAACUUCAAUUGGUGCUUUUGUUGGUGCAUUAUGGGCAGGACACAGAGAUAUGGCGAUAGUCCGAUCUCAAACUGCAACUUUUUCCACUGGAAUGGGAUCCUUCAUGCCGAAGCUAUUCGACUUGACUUAUCCCAUCACAUCUAUGUUCAGCGGGGCUUCUUUUAAUCGUGCAAUACAGGCUGUCUUCAAAGAAACUCAAAUCGAGGAUCUAUGGCUUCCAUAUUAUACAAUCACUACCGAUAUAACGUCACCAAAGAUGAGGGUACAUACAGAUGGUUCUUUAUGGAGGUAUGUACGAGCCAGCAUGUCUCUUUCCGGUUAUCUACCCCCAAUAUGCGACCCCAAAGAUGGUCAUUUAUUGAUGGAUGGAGGCUACAUUAAUAACGUUCCAGGUGAUGUGGCACGAUCUCGUGGCGCAUGUCGUGUCAUAGCUGUAGAUGUUGGUGCCGCCAUCACCUCUGAUUUCACAGACUAUGGAGAUCAUCUGUCUGGUUGGUGGGUUCUAUGGAAAAAAUGGACCGGGAGAUGGACAGGACAUAUAAAGGUCCCAGACAUGAAUGAAAUCCAACAGCGUCUCUCCUAUAUUUCAUGUCAUUAUCUGAUGGAUCUUGUUGUAAACAGUAAUUACUGCACCUACCUGAGGCCUCCUGUUAACAAAUAUAGCACCAUGGAUUUUGCAAAAUGGAAAGAUCUUCUCGAACUUGGUUACAAAUAUGGAAGAGAAGUUUGCACAGAGGAAUGGGGAGAUGAAUUCUGGAGAGAAUUGCACCAGUUUGGGUCGCCAGAUCAACAUCGGUCUUCCGUUGAUAAAGUAGAUGGAAGAAAAUCUUUGAGGAACAAAACUUCUUUGGCUAAUAUGAGAGCAAAUGCGUCGUUCACAGAUCUUUCAGAAAUUUUGAGGAAAAAGUCAAAUGCUGAAGAAGCUUAUUUCCUGGCUUCAGGCACAGAAUUUUCAGAUCUUGAAUUUGAAAUUGGUUAUGAGUCAUCUCCUGAAUGUGGUUCGUCAAAAAUGUAUUUGGAAAGAGUGGAAAGUGAACCACUGUCAGAGCCUGAUGAAAUAGUUUCUGACAUGGAUGGUGCCAUCUCGUCAAAAUUUCACGAUGAAUCAGACGAAGAAGAUCUAUCAUCAGAUGAUGAAAUUGUUUCCAUGAGACGAUUUUCAUCUCAGAAUGUUUUGAGCACAUCAUUUAGGUGAAGUGAAAUUAACUGAAAUUGCGUGAAUUUGUUGAUAAAAGUUUACAUUAAUUCAUGAUUUAGGCAAUAUUUUUCAUCUCAGGGAUGAUUUAGGUAAUGCAAUAUCACAAUUCACGGUAAAUUCUGUUGUCUAAGUAAUGGUGAAUUAAUCAGCAAUUCACAAUAAUUUGUGAUUGUUCCCAAUGUGAUUUAAGCUAUAUUCUUCAUCCUAAGAUGAAUACAAUAUCAAGUAUUCACAAUCAAUUGCUUUUCACUGUGAAUUGGCCUCAAUUCAAACUCAGUAAUUUUAAGUGUUCCUGUUCUUGCCACUUUUUUGUUCAGUGUUACCUUUCUUGUAAAACUAUAAUGCUACCUUUGAUCCAUUGGUAGAGUAGAGAUCGUUAUUUAUAAGAUUAUGAUAUUUCAAGAAGAAAAAUAUUCAUAAUUUGCCAUUUCUGCAUUGGAAUCACAAUUUUGUCAUACUCUACAUCGACAAAUUUUGUUUUAUUCCAUAAAAAAACAAUCAUUUAGAAUAUUACAACUUUUAUACACUAAAUUUCAUAGCUUUUUACCGCUUCGGCCUUCGGGUACCUAUAGGGCAUCGUGAGUUCCAUUCAAAAAUUCCCUAGCAACUCAAAACUAGUUGUAAACAAGAUUGAACAAAUUCCAUUUUACUUAUUCAUUUUUCAUAUAUAUGUUGUCUGUAUACUCUCAUACAAUUUUUCUUUGAACAAAAACCUCUGUGUCUGCUUAUUUAUUUUUCUUGUAGACCUCUAUAUAUAAAUUAGGAUUGUGUAUGUAAUCAUCCAUUUUGUGUCCAAAGACUUCCUGGUGACCUCCAUUAAUUGUCUUGAUAUUGCUCACAAAAGUUAUAGCAGGAAAAGUGGAACGACCACUAAAUUUCGUAUGUUGAAAUCCAUCAGAAAAUAGUGAUCUACAAUGAAACCAUUAAACAUACGAAACUUAAUGUAUGCUUAGUUUAGCAAGUCUAUAGUAACUCUUGACUUGAUACAUUUUUCUUGAGGGUUAGGAACCUUUGUGUGUCGUUGACACCCAUAUGAUGUGUUUUCUAUUGUUGCAAUUCCACAUUGGUACAAAAAAAACACAGUCCGAUUUCAAUAAGGCUACUCUUCUAUAAAAAAAACAGUUUUGUAAGAAUUGAACAAUUCUUCAUAGCCUAUUUACUUUAAAUUAGUGUAGUUAUAAUGAAUGAUAUCUCCCAGUGAAUGUAUUUUGGGGGGAGAUGACCGUAUGGUCUGAUCGCUCCCCCCAGUCUAUACCGAAAAACUUUGUGUAUGUUGAUGUAUAUUUUUAUUAUUGUUGCAAUGCUCAUUUUUCUGGUUGACAAAAUAAUAAAUCUCUCUCCCUCUUAUUGCCCACAGCGAACCAAUCCGGCGGCCAUUUUGAAAAAGUUUCUGCUAAAUUAAACAAGCCUUAUAUAUAUUUAUAUUUCAAUAUUUUCAGUGAAUAUUUUGGUACUGCUCAAAAACUGUGAUGUUUCUUCGCUGUGAACUAAAAUUAUUAUUCUAUUUAUUAUAUCAUCUAAUAUGUAUUUCUUGUUUGUUCCUGCUUGUAACUUGUAUUUUAUGUGUCUGCAUUAUUUUUCUUUAAUCGUACACUGUCGCUGCUCAUUCAUCUUAUAGUAUUUUUGUGCCCUGGUAUUUUCCUGAAGAUCAAAUUUUUAGGGUUUGAAUCAGCGAUGCUAAUAAAAAUGCCAGUUUUAUCAGGGAGAUAAAUCCAUGGAAAUUGUUCCAAACUGUUGUACUUGAUUCUUCAAAAUGAUAUUUGGAAUUAAAUUCGAAGUUUAGAAUAUUAGAAAAGUGAUUUUAACGAAAUCUGGUCUAAUUCUGAAGUAAUAUCUUGCACAAUUUGGUAUUUUGCUGCUAAAGACGUCUAAAUGUAUUGUAUAAUUACUUGGCACGUUCUCUUAGAAUAGGCUUCAAAUGUUCUUCCACUUGAACCCAAGUUUGGCUGUAUGUGCAAAUAUGAGUGCUGAUUUUGAUUCAGGACAGUUUGAAAACAUUUAAAGUUUUAUCUCGUGUCAACCCUAAUACUGCUAUUCAAAAAAUGGUUUCGCUUGUGAUAUUUGUUGCAACAAUAUGUAAAAUAUUGCUAGUUGGUCUUUAUGGAAGAAUAGUUUGUUUGAUCAGCCCAUAUAAAUUUUAUCCCAUUUUAUUCAUAUAAUAAAAAAUCGAAAUUGAAUAUCAUUCCCAAUUUAAUGAAUGUAAAAAAAUUCUACCUCCAAAUUUCAUUCUUCAUCAAAAUUAUUCAGUUGCACGAAAAGUAAUAUUUUUCGGUGCCAUCACUGCCCAUGCCAGCCAGCCUUUACAUUUACUUUCAAUGAUGACCAGUGGUUUUUACCAAUUUUGCACAACUAGUAAGAAUUGAACAAUGUGAGUUUUUCGAUGGAGUGUUUGAUUACAAUAUUUACUCUCAAGUCAAUGCAUUGAUAACAUACAGGGUGUCCAUGAUAAAGUUCCUUUACAAUUUCAAUUUUGUUAUGAACUCCGUUCUCAAUAUAUGUUAACCAGGUUUGUUGUUUUGUCAUCAGUAAUUGUUAAAAUGUUAAAUUUUUAUUUCAUUUUUUGCAUCUAUGAUAUAUGGUAUCGAUAAAUUCCCUUUGCAGUUUAAAAAAAGUUUAAAACCUCAUGGACACCCCAUAUGUCUUACCUAUAAGAUGACAAUAUAAUCAAAUCUGCACAUAAUCACUUGCACUGGGGUUCCGCUUCAUCAAAAAGAUUAGAAACCAUUGCUAUAUGUAUACACACGUUCAAAACUACCAUUCUCUGUCCACAAUGUUCGCAAAUUCUUCUUGAACUUUAAAAAGUAAAAACACUGAAUUUGGUCUGAUUGAAAAAUGUAAUAAUCACUUUGUAUGUGAAUUUUAAAAUCUGCGUUUGUUUUAAAAUAUCGUUUGCAUCUAUAUGUUCUAAGUCUUUUUCAUAUCUGAUUGUACUUUGAUAAUAAUACUGUGACGCAUUGUUA